AUGAAUACGAGAUUGUACAAUAUGAAUGCUGCUUACAUCCUUUUGGCUUCGAUAACAAUUGCCAAUAAGCUGAUUUUUAUGGAAAAUUUUAACACCCAAAUGCACAAGAAAGAAGUUAAGCAAAAUAUAAAAGACUUUCACAAAGCUGUAGAGGACAACGUGAGCGAUCUCAAGACAUUGGAUAUACUGCGACCAGCACUUCCUGAGCAACAAGUGUUCGUGCAAACUCAGCAAUAUAUCCAAAAUAACGUAAACUUAUACACUAAAGAGAAAGCAAUAAACAUCUCUCUUGAAAAUGGCCCAUAUAAAUGUACAUACACACAUAAUGGAAGCCACAUGCUUGUGAAUAAUAAAAAUGGAUAUAUUUCUGGAUUUAACACUCAAAAUCUACAACUAUGCUUUGAAUCUAACAUUGAAGAUAGUAUCUACGAUACCAAAUGGCUGCACAACGAACAGUACUUUGCCACGGCACAGGAAGACUGUGUGUUUGUUUAUGACAAAAUGGGAAGAGAGUUACAUGCGGUGAGGGAUAUGAAAAGCACACGAAUGAUUGAAUUCCUGCCCUAUCAUUUCCUCCUUGCUGGCACAACCACAAGUGGGUUUAUGAACUAUUUGGACACAAGCACUGGAGAAAUAGUUUCUUCCCUAUUUAUUUCAGACAAGAAUCCUAGUUGCAUCAAAGCUAGCCCAACAAAUGGUGUUGUCCAUCUUGGGUCUAAAAAUGGGCAAGUAUCUCUCUGGUCUCCUUCGCAGAAGUCGUUUCUAAUGAAGAUUAAAUGUCACAAAUCAACGGUCACCAAUGUCGAGCUGGAUAGAUCAGGAGUUCACAUGAUAACAACAGGAAAUGAUAAUAGAAUCGCCGUGUUCGAUAUUAGAAACACGUAUAGGCCCAUGAAAUCUAUCGGCACAAAGACCAGUGUCCAUUUUAGCGCUCUAAGUCAAAGAAAUCUUCUUGCAUUUGGAUUCUCCGACAAAAUUGCAGUAUUAAAAGAUUUUCAUAAUAAAGAAUCCUGUGUGAUGAAGUACAAAACAUCAGGAAUUGUAUCGUCACUUGAGUUUUGCAGUCACGAGGACAUUCUAACUAUCGGACACUCAAAUGGAUUUUGCUCAAUUGUUGUGCCGGGCUCGGGCGAUCCAGUAUACGACACCACUGAAGUUUCGCCAUUUAUGAGCGCUAAGGGAAGAAAUAAUUUGGAGGUUAAGAAACUAUUGGAGAAAAUACCUGCAGACAUGAUUGCUCUUAAAUCUGUUUUGAACCAGGUUGAGAAGCCAGCAAGGAAGAUUGAGGAAACAAAAAGAUAUUAUGAGACGGACGGUGAGUCAAGAACAGCCCUGAGCCGAUUUGAAAAGAAAAGCUAG